AUGGGACCCCGGCGAACACACACCAAGUCCCGAACGGGGUGUCAGUCGUGCAAAUUACGCAAAGUAAAGCCAGCUAAUCUGGGACUUGAACCGAAUCAAAAGUGCGACGAGGCAAAGCCAAAAUGCCAGAAUUGCGUUCGCCAUGGAGUUGAGUGUAAUUACAAUGCUCCGCCGACUGCAGCAAGCACUCCUACCACGGGCAUUCAUACUGGACUUAGCCCCUUUGUGAGCGAAGCUGCUAGACUGAAUUCUGAUGUCAACGCCCCAUCCAUGGGUAUGGCGGAGAUGGCCUUGCUGCAUCACUAUAGCACCUCGACUUGCUAUACAAUCUCACGACACCCAGUUUUGCAAACCGUAUGGCAAAAUACAGUGCCCACAUUUGGUUUCUCUUACCAGUUCGUUUUCCGCGGGAUUCUGGCGCUGGCGGCCUUACAUCUAGCCCAUCUGAAGCCAGAACUUCAAGACCAGUACGUCGAUGCUGCUGAAUUCCACCACAAUCUAGCCCUGCAGAUGGUUUCAGGCACCAUUCCUCAAAUCAAUGAGGAAAAUGGACCCGCGGUUUAUCUCUUUUCCACAAUCACUUGUAUCAUCGGCUGUGCUUUGCCGCGGAAACGUGAGGAUCUGUGGGUAAGCAACGAUCAAAUCCUACAGUGGCUAUCGUUAUUUCGAGGCACAGUGUCCAUUAUCGCCUCUGUCAACGAAUCGCUCAAAUCCGGUCCUCUUGCGCCCAUGUUCGCGUUGGGACGACGGAGAAGCCGUGCUUGGGAAGCUAGGUCAACCGCUAAUCAGACAUUCCUCAUCAACUUGCGGCGACUCAUAGAGGAGUCAGUUAACGACCCGAUCGAGUUGAAAUGCUACACUGAUGCCAUUGAUGAUUUGGGAAAAUCAUUUGCGACAAUAUUUGAGGUCGGUUCCUCGAAUUGCGAGACAGCGGACAUCUUCAUCUGGCUGCUCCGCAUUACCGAUCAGUUCUUGAAUCAAUUGCGACAGCGAACGCCAGAAGCCCUGGUGAUCUUUGGCUACUAUUGUGUUAUUCUCAAAGAGGUUGAGUGGGCUUGGUGGAUGCAGGGCUUCAGCAUCCACAUAAUUCGUGCGAUACAUCACUAUUUGGAUGAGGAGCACCGCUGCUGGCUGCAGUGGCCUAUGGAACAGCUCGGUUGGGUUCCUUGA